CCCCUCUCUCGUCAGUAUAAUCCAAAAUAAUAUUAAGUUUCUUAUCAUUCUCUUGUAAACAUUGUUGCGUAUGCUUCUUUGAACCACAAGUUGAUUAAUCACCUAACUUUUCCACUACGUGACGUGUAAAUCUUCGUGAAAUCAAUGAAAGUUCAAUAAAAGCAGGAAAUUUCUUGAUUUUUUUUUUCUAUUUUAAAAAUAAACACAAAAAAUUGAAAGUAUACAAAUAGAUUAAUCACCUGCCGCUAUCAAACAGAAAAAAAAAUUAUAAAUUUUUAAGAAUGAGUGAAGUAAAUAAAAGUCAAGAGAUGCGUGCUUUAAUCUUAGUUGGUGGCUAUGGCACAAGAUUAAGGCCACUUACAUUGUCACGGCCAAAACCUUUGGUAGAAUUUGCAAACAAACCAAUUUUGUUACACCAAAUUGAAGCAUUAAAAGAAGCUGGUGUGAGAGAGGUGAUACUUGCUGUCUCAUAUAGAGCCGAACAAAUGGAAGCUGAACUGAAAGAAGAAACGAACAAACUUGGAGUGAAUUUAAUAUUUUCGCAUGAACAAGAACCACUAGGAACAGCUGGGCCAUUAGCGCUUGCUAAGAAUAUUCUUUCCACCAGCUCUGAGCCUUUCUUUGUUUUAAAUUCUGAUGUCAUUUGUGACUUUCCUUUUCAAGAACUUGAGAAGUUUCAUCGUCAUCAUGGCAAAGAAGGUACAAUUGUUGUCACAAAAGUAGAGGAACCAUCAAAAUACGGGGUUGUUUUAUACAAAGAUGAUGGAUGCAUUGAUAAUUUUAUUGAGAAACCUCAAGAAUUUGUCAGUAAUAAAAUCAACGCCGGAUUAUACAUAUUUAAUCCAUCUGUUCUAUCUAGAAUUGAGCUUAAACCUACUUCAAUUGAAAAAGAAGUUUUUCCUUUAAUGUCAAGAGACAAACAACUUUAUGCAUUCGAACUUGCGGGAUUCUGGAUGGACAUUGGUCAACCAAAAGAUUUUCUUACUGGAAUGUGCUUGUACUUGAAUUCACUCAAACAGAAACACCCAGUUCAACUUUAUGAUGGAGAUGGUGUUGUUGGUAAUGUUUUGAUAGAUCCAACAGCCAGAGUUGGUAAAGGAUGCAGAAUCGGACCAAAUGUUACUAUCGGUCCUGAUGUUCUUAUCGAAGACGGUGUUUGCAUCAAACGUUGCACAAUUUUAAAAGGUGCUAUAAUUAAAUCACAUUCAUGGCUUAGUUCAUGUAUCAUCGGUUGGAGAUGUAUUGUAGGACGUUGGGUAAGACUUGAAGGAAUCACUGUGCUUGGAGAAGAUGUCAUUGUAAAAGAUGAAGUUUUUGUUAACGGUGGACAAGUUUUGCCACACAAAAGCAUUUCCGAAAGUGUUCCGGAACCAUCAAUCAUCAUGUAAUAGAAAAUAUAUUUUAACCACAUAUUUUGGAAUUAUUUUUAUGUUUUAUAUAUAAAUUUUUAAGCGUUUUGUGAAAGCAAAAACUCAAAUUUAUCUAGAAUGUUUGUAUACAAAAAAAAAGAAAAGUGCAUUCCCAAAUAAAAUUUUCAGAAUUCUUCUGAAAGUAUGAAUAUAGGUAGAACUUCUUGAACCUCCC